CAGCGUCAACCGUUGCGGGUAACAGGUCAUCGAUUUUUGCAGCCAUUCAAAUAGUCAGCCCAAGUCUGUGUAAGAAAAUAGACAACUAGGCUGAAAAACACCUCGGUCACAGCUUACUAUUUGUUGUCUCAGGCCAUGGAGUUAAUGGAAGAUAUCUGCCCGAUCCCGGAAGGGAGCAAACGUGAUGAAGACGAGGAUUUGCGCAUCAUUGCCGAAUUGAACAAUCCUCGGAUCUACAAAGAUGUACAACACGUUUUGCGACAAGAGCAACGAGUGAAACUCGCGAUCACUCGCAACAAGGCACUUCCAUUCCCGUGCAAAUGUGGUCAGUUGUGUGAAUUUGGUAACCUACUCAGUAUACUAUACAACGCGUUCGAGAAGCUAUACGAGAUGUACGAGGCAUUGCACAUGGACUACACACUCAUUUUCCGCGCUUCUUCUUUCGUCGUGAACGGGAAAGUGGUGCAGGUGGACAGCGGGUUCCAGUCAAUGGGUGAAAACCUCGGUUCCCCAGUUCCAGUGGAAAUGAAUUUAGAUGACUUUGCAUCGGACGUGCGUUUGCGGCAGGAACGUAGAAAAGCUUUGGUUGAUGAAGAUAUUUGGCGAAAAACAUACGAACUUCACAUGGAAUGUGUCCGAUUGAAUAUGCUGAAAGUGGCAAAACCUGAACACGAACGUUUCAUGGAGUGGAUCGGUUCGCAUGUGUGGGCAAAUGCCAAAUGUAUUUGCUAUCACUGCGAUUACCGAGAUGCGUUGUUAUCUUACAGACAUGCGUUGCUCACCUUACAUAUGGAAUACAUGUCAAUGUAUGCGAAUUACGCUGCCCUGUUGCACAAACGAAGAGUGCAGGAGAGUAGACAAAUGACAAAAACUGUGGUCACAAGCGGUAUCCCCUCGGACAUCAUACAAACAGUGUUCUUUGAUGGAUGACUAUUUAUAUUUUUGUCUGUCCAGAUUACUGAUCCUAAUACAGGGAACUUCGUUU